AUGUCAGCAGAUAACGAAUCAGACGAUGACGGAGAUCUGGAGACCAUGGUCAUUACUCUCGGAUCACGGAUGAUAAAAGCAGCCUACGCUGGGGAGAAAACCUGUAGAUACCUCUCCCAACAGGUACACGUUCUCACCACAACAGACUCAACUCUCAUAGAACAGGUACACGUUCUCACCUCAACAGACUCAACUCUUAUAGAACCUGAUGAGGGCAAAUCUAUCCCUUUGUUAGACACCACAGAAGAGAAAGUAAACCAGAAACAAGCUUUAGUGACUGCUCUGAGAAAAUGCUGGUCCGAACAGUACGGUAUUAAUCUGCAGCCGACAGAGACUCGUUUAGCACUAGUCGUCCCCACCAGAUCAUCCACUCUCCUCAAUGAGAUUGCUGAUCUGGUGUUCUCGGAGCUGAAAGUGCUGUCACUGUGCGUGAUGACGCCCGGAGAAGCGGUUGGGUUGAUUGAUGAUGGGGAGAACAGCGUGGUUGUUGAUAUCGGGUACAGGGAGACCCGGGUAGAGACCUUCGUGGGGUGGCAGCUAGUGGACCGUAUUAUAGUGGUCAGGGGAGGGUGUGAUGUAGUGAAACUAUCCGGUGGUACGGAUCCGAGAGAGGUUAUCUUCAGUGCUGACUGUCAUUCUCGUAGUAUACCAGACAUCGUGCGUAGUCUCUUGGAGAAGUAUGAUAAAAUAUCAAGAGUGAUAGCUGUCGGCAGUACGUCGUAUAAAUUGGACAGUCAGUACUUUGAAGAUAAAUGUGGAGUUAGCUACACUAACAGCCGCUCUAUAAAAUAUCACCUUCCACCGGAGCGGAACAAGAGUGCCUGGCUUGGAGCCUCCAUAGCAGGAGGAAUACCGCAGUGUAAACACAGGUUCUAUACUGCUGGGGAGUGGAACGAGAAGGGGACUAUUUACACUCCACUGAUAAAGUCCUGAAUAUGUAAUGGAAGAUGGAAUUUUAAUGAGUCGCUUCUAACUUGGGAACUAUUGUAGUUUGUUUGUUUGUUUGUUUGUUUGUUUGUUUUCAAGAGCUAAUUGCCACUUAUGUCCAGCUCAUUAUAUAAAAUUAUAUAAUGUAGGACUUCUAGGCAGAUUGCUUGGUUGUGGGACACACUCGACUUUAAGAAUGAAGAAAAACCACAAUCUCACUAGUGAGAUAUCAACAGAGUGUGCACCACUGCCUGACUUACCUGUGGUUUGAGAAUAGAAGAGAGUAUCUUCCGUGUUGUUGAGAUUCUGUGAGUCCUUUGGCCACGUUGCUGGUUACAGUUGUAGUUUAGUUAUUACUGAAAUACCAGGUCGGUAAUAACUCUCUAAUAAUGACUCCUCUAAUUUUCAUUAAACAGAAAUUAGAAACGUUCAUUCCUCAGAAGAACAGUGCAAAAUGAUGAUGUGAGACACAAUCGCCCGAUUUUAUUUGUGAUUGGUUUAACCAUUAUAAUCAGCGUAUUACAAGUGGACAAGUUGGAAUUAGAGGUGAUAGUUCAGCACAUCUAAUAUCUUGCUAACUUUCUACUACAACUUCACAACUUGAUGAAACAGUGAAUCUCUGGUCGCAUUCUGUUGGCUGUAUUUGAUUAUAAUAUUGAACUUGAUAAUAUAUAAUACACUUUCUUUCUGACUCCUUUUAUUGAGCUUUGUUAAAUUGUUGCUAAUUUUCUUUAGUAACGUUAAAUUUUGUUUAGUGCGUUGAACAUUUUUGUAUCAUUUCAUAUUUUGUAACGUUUGAUUCGGAUUCAAUCUGUAUCUACACGAUUAAAGUAGUGAGUUCGAUUUUAUAGGUAACUUCUGUAAAUAAAGAAAUAAGUAAAUGUUGAUGUAUUGUUAAGAUUUUUAUUCAUUUUCUCUAGACC